AUGGAGUCGUCAACAGCAGAAUUUCUCGCGGCGGCAUUGACCUCUGUCUUGCCUAUGGGGUCUUUGGCAGCUACCUCAACACUGACGCCCGGCGGACACAACCACCAAACUAUGGCCACACCAUCCACCGCAGCCAACGGCAGUACGCACAGCGCCAGCGGACACACAGGAGCCGCAGCUGGGAGCAACACGCCAGACUGCAAGAUCUCUAUGCUAUGGAACUGGCACACCAUCGAUGCCUGCUUCAUCUCGACUGACUGGCGCAUAACCAGCACAGCGACGUUCGCCGGCUCCUGCAUCGGCGUCAUCCUCCUCGUCGUCUGCCUGGAGGCCCUCCGCCGCUCCGUCAAGGAGUUCGACCGACUGCUCGCCCGCCGGCACGCCGCCUCUCCGGACGCGGCCCGGCCGUUCCGCCCGAGCGCCCUGCAGCAGGGGGUCCGGGCGGCCCUCCAUACGGCGCAGUUUGCGAUGGCCUACUUUAUAAUGCUGCUGGCGAUGUACUACAAUGGAUACUUUAUCAUCUGCAUCUUCAUUGGUGCUUACAUAGGCGCCAUGGCGUUCCAGUGGGAGACGUUUCCGGGAUCGGGAGAGGUGGAUGGCGGUAGGACGAGCGCGGCCAAAGAGGCGACAGUUUGUUGCGGCUGA